GGAAGAUUGUGAUACAUAUGAAGCUCCACCAUGUGAACGUCCCACCAUUAAAGUCCAACCGCGCCAAGUAGAGGAGAAUGUUUACCUGGGUUAUCCAGAUCGAACCCCAAACCCUGUUAUUCCCAAAAGACAGGCAGCACCGCCGCCACGACCAGCCAAGAUCACCCCGAUAGGGAAAAGCAUGAAGCCAGAGCCGCCUCACGACCCAGAGGAGUUUUACAUCGACCCCAGUGACAGCAAACCGCCUGAGGUAAUACGUAAAGAUAAACCUGGUAAAAAAGCCCCUCCUAAGAGACCCCCGAUGAGACCUCCACCGGCCCCUCAGCAAGACGAAGACGUUUACUUGGACCCAAAUGAAGGGCAGGAUGAUGAUACCUACCUAGAUCCUGUAGCAGAACCUCCUGCACCCCGAAGCCCGGCCCGCAUGCCAUUGCCCCCUAAAACUGUAGGACGAGACCUUCCACCACAAAUGUAUGUAUGUCUCUCGCCUGAGGUAAUACGUAAAGAUAAACCUGGUAAAAAAGCCCCUCCUAAGAGACCCCCGAUGAGACCUCCACCGGCCCCUCAGCAAGACGAAGACGUUUACUUGGACCCAAAUGAAGGGCAGGAUGAUGAUACCUACCUAGAUCCUGUAGCAGAACCUCCUGCACCCCGAAGCCCGGCCCGCAUGCCAUUGCCCCCUAAAACUGUAGGACGAGACCUUCCACCACAAAUAAUGAAGCCACCUGUUCCCAGAGCCAAAUCUAGUUCGGUUCUGAUCGGUGACACGGUGAACAAAGUUCUGCCGCCGGAAGUAAAACGCGCCACGUUUUCUGGCCAGCUGCCACCCGCACUAAACAGCAAACCGGUUCCUCCCAUCAUCCUCCCCAAAGAACCCAAACCCAGCCCUCCCCCUCCUUCUCAGGACAGCACAGCACUUUCUUUUGGAGCAAAGCCAGUCACUCAGGGGGCGGGGCUACAGGACAAAGAAUGGUUUGCUGGGGUUUGUGAACGCAAGACUGCAGAGGAAACCGUGCUCAGGAUUAACAAGGACGGCACGUUUCUGGUCAGAUACAGCAGUUCUCAGAAUGACCGUCAGCCCUUCACACUGGUCGUGCUUUACCGGCAGACCGUUUACAACAUCCCGGUGCGCUUCCUGGAGGAUUCGCAACAGUAUGCACUCGGAAAAGAGGGCAAGAAGACGGAAGAGCUCUUCAGCAGUUUGCAGGAGAUGAUCUCUCAUCACAUGAAGAACCCCAUCCUCCUGAUCGACCGUAAGAGUCAAGCUAAACACAGCACUCAGCUCUCACGCCCCGCUCGGCCCUAACGCUGCACCCUCCUGCGCCUGAUACUGACCCUGAUAUCACAAACACUCACUCAUACACUGCCUAAACUAUUUAUUACACUGUGUUUGUAAUGCAGUCAGAUAUU